AUGCUGUUGGUGUUCUGUGUCGAUACAAUUCCAACUCCAGGAGAACAGCAUUGGAAUGCUGCCAAGCAUGUCCUCAGAUACCUCAAAGGCUCGCAAGAUCUCAAACUCAUCUAUUCUCCCACCUCUUCCACCGACCUCUUCACUGCCCACAGCGAUGCCGACCUGAGUGGGAACCCAGAUAACUCACGAUCCACUGGUGGAUAUGUCCUCUCAGUUGGCUCAGGAGCUGUCAUGUGGGAGUCUGAAUACAACAGCAUCUGCUGCGGGAUGCGAGAUAAUGUGGAUGCGCCAGUUUCGAAGAGAUCGGCUAUGACAUCUCUAUACCAUCCCCUCUACCUCGACAGUGCAUCAGCCAUCCAAGUGGUCAAAAAUCCCGAACACCAGACAACCAUGAAGCAUGUUCACCGUGCAUACAACUGGAUUCGCGAGCACGUUGAGAACAAGGAACUCCGUGUACAGCAUGUUCCGACCUCUGAAAAUGUCGCUGACAUCUUCACCAAACCCCUUGGUCGCAUCAAGUUUGAAUACCUUCGAGCUCACUAUAUAUCCACUGGUUUGACUACAACGCUCACUUGCCUAAGUAUACUCUGUUCAACACUCGGUAGUGCCAUUUCCCAUGCGCUUAUUCGCAACGGUCAUAUCGUCGUGGGCGUGACCCGCAACGCAGAACAAGCGAGAAAGCUACUUGCAGAAGAAGUGAUCCCAGCCGUUGGGGAUCCAUUUGCUGCAGAAACGUUUUCCGCACAUCUUGCCGACGCCGACGUAGUCAUUGAUGUUGCAUCUGGCGACAUGCUACACGAUGGACCACGGCGCUUUGCGCUCAUUGAAUCGCUCGUCGUCGACCCAUCUAUUCGUGCGGCUCCGAGCACGGGCGUCCCCAAGAUUGCCUACUUUUACACUUCUGGUACUUGGGUCCAUGGUGAUAAUCGCUCUGUCCUGCGAAGUGACAAUGCACCUUUGAAUCCUCCAAUGACAUCAACUAGAUUGUCGCAUGGCGUCCAAAACUUGAACAAGCCGUCGUUAACAGCAGCGUCGUGCGCGGAAUUGUCAUCCGGUCGAGCACAGUCCACGGACGUGCGGGCGGGCUGUACAAUGCUCUUCUCCCAAGCUGGGAGCGGCAAAGUCGAAUGGUUUGGCGUUCCCGGUGGCACGUAUGCGACUGUCCAUGUCGACGACCUGGCGGAAUGCUACCUCCUCGCUGUCGAAAAGAACCAUUUGGUCUCUGGUCUAGUCAUCGAUGUGACCAUGAGCGCAUGGAAUCCGUCGACGGAUUCUCUAUCGAGCGCCUGCGAAUCCACUCGAAGGGCAAUGUCCGUCACGACCAAACUUCGUCCAACGCUCGCACGCAGUCUACUUGGCUGGGAACCUCGCAAGGCCUCGUUGACAGACGGAAUGGCGGCUCAUUUUGAAGCGUGGAAGGCAAUCAACGCGUCUAAAUCAAAGUAA